AUGCACCAAGCAGACGCAGCGCCGACUGCGAGGCCAAUCGAUAAGGCGCCUGCUGGUUGCGGGGUAAUCUGGCCGCCUUUAGCGACACUGCUCAGCGCAAGCGAGCCGCAACGGACAACGACUACCUAUUCGAAGCAGGCUAUCGCCAACGUCAAGCGCGUGAAAGUGACCAAGGCGGCAACCCAGCUGAAGACGCGGCUCGAAGUCCCGGAAAACACGUUUAACAACAUGGGCGGCAAUAUCAUCGAUCUGACGAGGAACGCACCAGACGUGAUAAGGAGAAGGCGCGCGCGCGCACCAGGAUCAGAUGCUCUUCAGCAGCACUCUGUCAAAGAAGGAGUAGGCUGCACACGCAUCGUGGAGCAAGCAUUCGGCCGCCUCAAAGGCAUAUUCUGCAUAUACAAACAACCAUUCCAGCAAGGGACACCAGAGUACAUGGUGAUGAUCAUCGUGGAGACGCUCGUGUUGCACAACUGGUUAAUUGAUCUGAAGCAUAAAGUGAACAAGAAAACCCAAGCACGAUGGCUAAGGAAAGCGUGGCGUCGUGCGACGAAUGAUGGCGUCGUGCGACGAAUGAUGUUCACGUUCAGGAGCAUGUAA